AUGUCCAACCCCCCACCCGUCCGACGUCGCACAUCACUACCCUCCCAAUCCUCCAAAAGCGUCGUAGCAUCCAUCGACUCACCUGCCAGCCGCACCGCCGUCUUCAUCAAGCACGGCAAAUACGUUCUCGUGGGAGGCUUGGGAUGUUGGUAUCUGGAUUACCCAGAUGUGGUGAAGAGGACAUUAGAGGCGAGACAUGGGUGGAUCAGACGGGUGUUGAUUACUGGCUUGGGACUGCAUAUUGCGACUAUAUUCAUAUUCCUCUACCUCGUCCUCUUUCUGCCUUGGGUCCGCGGAUUCACCCCCAACUAUCCCAAAUGGCAAGAAUCAGCUCGCCUCCGUAUAAUAGUGCCUCUCUUGACAGCCUCGAUCAUCGGUGGUUGGACAUGCCUCGUCAUUUCUCUGUCCCAAGCUGGCAAGACGACUACAUUGCAAAGUGUCCUGGAUGCGUUCAAGGCAGUGGGAAAUGCCUCAUUAGAGCAAAUGGAGGGCCGAGAGGGGAUGGGGAUCUUUAGUAGUAUGGCUGGAGCGACAGCCUUGUUUACUCUCACCCUGGGCAUACUUGGUAUGAUUCCAGCACCAUCCAGUGCUAUGAAGAAGCGGGAGUAG